AUGGGGCUAAUUUACAAGCCGAAAUUCGUGUACUCGAGCAGCUUCAACUCUGCGCGCUACGCCUGCCAACAGCUGCUGGACCCGCCAGCCAACAGGACCGCCCAAGCGGCCGUCGUCACCACCUGCCUUGCCAACAACGCCGACAUUAAAGCCAUCGUCGACGCCUGGCCAAGUGGACGCAAGCGGCGGUCAGCGGCUAGGGAACUUCGUCGUGGUGGUGGCCACGGUGGCGGCGGCCAUGGGGGAGGAGGGGGUGACUGUGGAGGCCGGGUUGCUGACCGCCUCGAGAUUUUGGGCUACACGGAAAUGGCCACGAGACUGCGGAAAUGCAUCGCUACGGCGAACGGCUAUACCAAUGCUGACGGGACGUUCAACGUAGCCGCGCUGAAGGCAGCCCUCCUGACGGCUGCAGCUGGAGCAACACAGCUGGCGAACAUCCAGCUGGGGCUCAGCUGCCCUACCUACUACCUUGACAGCUACAAGGUCCGCAACUACGUCGAGUGCGUGAUAAACUACUGCGCUACGGGCACAGGCGAGACUUCGACUUCGACCUCCGCCGCGACCUCGACUUCGACUUCGACUUCAACAUCGACCACGACAUCUACCCCGACUACUACCCCUUAAAAAAUGGGGGAUAUUAUUCUAAUUUAUAUUUUUUUAUUUUAAUUCUAACCCACAAUUGGCUUUGUCAUAAUUUGCAUUAACAAUUUUGAGUGUCAAACUUUGCAGAAAAAAAUGAAUAAUUCAACCAUUGGAAUUUGUAAAACAUUUA